UCUGUGCCAGCCAAUCACAAUCCCUCCGGUGGGCAGGGCCCAGGUUGAACCGGGAGGAGCUCAUUUGGGGUGUUGUGAAUUCGUGGAACCAAGAAAUCUUGAGUGGGAGUUGUCGGGCCAAUUUGUUGUGUGUUUUCUUUGCCAAUUCGCUCCGAUACCCGAAGCGCCAGUCGCGGCUAUGCCCGGAAUAGAGAAGCUGCCGUUGGAGGAGACGUUGGAGGACAGUCCGCAGACGCGCUCCCUGCUGGGAGUGUUUGAGGAGGACACUGCCGCCAUCUCCAACUACUGCUCACAGCUCUAUCAGGCCAUGCAGAGGAUUUAUGAUGCACAGAAUGAACUGAGUGCAGCGACACAUCUGACCUCCCGACUGCUGAAAGAGUACGACAAACAGCGUUUUCCUCUAGGGGGCGAUGAUGAAGUGAUGAGCUCCACCCUGCAGCAGUUUGCUAAGGUCAUUGAUGAGCUGAGUUCCUGUCACGCUGUCCUGUCCACCCAGCUGGCCGACGCCAUGAUGUUCCCCAUCUCUCAGUUCAAAGAGCGAGACCUGAAGGAGAUCCUCACGCUGAAGGAAGUCUUCCAGAUCGCCAGCAACGAUCAUGACACGGCAAUUAACAGAUACAGCCGUCUGUCGAAGAGGAGGGACAAUGACAAGGUUAGAGCAGAGGUGGUGGAGGACGUCUACACCUCACGCAAGAAGCAGCACCAGACGAUGUUGUACUACUUCUGUGCCCUGAACACACUGCAGUACAAGAAGAAGAUGGCUCUGCUGGAGCCACUACUGGGCUACAUGCAGGCUCAGAUCAGCUUCUUUAAGCUGGGCUCUGAAAACCUCACCCAGCAGUGGGAGGACUUCCUGGGAACAAUAGGAACCAGCGUCCAGAAUGUCCGCCGGGAGAUGGAGGAGGAGGUGGGACAGAUGCAGGAAAACAUCCAGCAGAUGGAAAGGUCAUGUGACCCUCUGUAUGCACCAUGUGACCCUGACCCCGCCCAGUCGCCCAUUUGUCGCAAUCUAACCAGGAAGCAAGGCUACCUUUACAUCCGCAAUAAGACGGGCCUCGUGUCGUCAUCAUGGGAACGUCAGUACUUCUUCACGCAGGGGGGGAACCUGAUGCAGCAGGGCCGCGGCGAGGUGGCGGGCGGCCUGGUCACGGAUCUCGAUAACUGCUCAGUCAUGGCCGUCGACUCGGAUGACCGCAGAUUCUGCUUUCAGGUCACGUCCUUCGACGGCAAAAAAGUCGUGACGCUGCAGGCGGAGAGCAGGAAGGACUGUGAGGAGUGGAUCGCAACCAUCAACAAUAUCUCCAGAAGGAUCUACCUUAGCGAGAACGCAGAGGAACUGGCAGCCAGAGUGAACCAAACCGCCCUGGAAGCGGUGACGCCAUCACCGUCGUUCCAGCAGAGACAUGAGAGCAUGAGACCCAGCAGUAAGGGCCAAACGGGUCGAACCAGCAGCAUCAGCUCAGUCGGUUCUGAGCCGUCGCCCGCUCUGUCUGUCCUCUCGUUGGACGCGCUGGUUGCUCCGGACACGCCCAUCCAGUUUGACAUCAUCUCCCCCGUGACAGAGGAGAUGUCGGGUCAGAGCAAGACGGCAGCACCGCCCGGCAGAAGGAGUAAUCCGUUUGGAGAAUCUGGAGAUAACUCGGCGGAGGACAGUGAAGAUUCGAUCCUCCACCAGCUGUUCAUCGUUCGGUUCCUCGGGUCGAUGGAGGUGAAGACCGCCGAGUCAGCAGACGUCAUAUCGGAGACCAUGAGGCAGAUCUUAGCCGCCAGAGCCAUCCACAACAUCUUCAGGAUGACCGAGUCUCACCUGCUGGUCACCUGCGACUGCCUCAAACUCAUUGAUCCCCAGACGCAGGUCACUCGACUCAGGUUCCCGCUUUCCAGCGUCGUCCAGUGCGCGUCCCACCAGGACAACAAGCGGCUCUUCGGCUUCGUCCUGCAGGCGGCCGGCGGCCGAGGCGACUCUCGGGUCGUCUGCUACAUCUUUGAAUCCAACAACGAUGGAGAGAAGAUCUGCGACAGCAUCGGUCUGGCCAAGCAGAUAGCAUUCCACUCAGAGAUGGAAAGUAAAGUGGUGGAGAAGAAGAAGGAGCAGGACAAGGCCAAAGAGAAACAGCAGGAGGAGCUCAACAAGCAAAGGCAGAUCGAAAAGGACUUAGAGGAGCAGAGCCGCCUGAUCGCCGCCUCCAGUCGCCCUGCCAACCUGCCCGCGCCUGACGGACAGUUCCUGGUGCUCAGCAGCAGCCAAUCAGAGGAGAGCGACGUCGGGGAGGAGGGGAAGAAGCGGGGUGAGUCGGAAGCCUGACGGCUGGCGGCGCAGGCGUCAUUUUUGGCUCCCGGAUGAUUUCUGACUGGCGAUUUUCAAACAGCUGAGUAAUCAGACUGAAAACGGACAGUGCGAUCCUAAAAACCCAAUGCACCUCUACGCCAAGAGGAAACGGUUUUUAUUCUGUGCAGAAAGAAACACAAAACAAAGACGCUGCUUUUAUACUGGCUCCGUAUUUAGAUUAUCGGUAAGUUUCUGUUUUUAACGUUCAAGUAAAAGCGAGGAGCCGGAUAUGAAGGAGCAGGAGAUUCGAACCGUUUCUCCAACAGGACACCUCAUGAUGACUCCAUCUGCAUAAGAAGAAGAGGGAAAGCACAGUUUUAUUUUGAAAAGGCCUUCCUGUCGUCUGGCAUCCUGCAUCCAGGCGCUGUGGCGUUUUGAUUCACCUUAGUUUCUUAUAUUUUGAAAAACUCAAUGCAUGUACAGAUUUGUCAGCACACCUGGUGAAGACGUGUAAAAAGCCGUUUUAUGUGUCGAAAUGAAUCACGCCUUUAUUGCAGCAGCAACAUCUCACUCUGAACUGCAAAAACACAAAAUCUCACCAAGUAUUUUUGUUCCGGUUCCACUGCAAAUAUCUUAGUUUUAUCGUUUUUCAAGCGUACUAACUUACAAGUAGCUUUCCAGCAACUUAGAAGAGCUUGUUUUAAGUCAGUAAUUCCUUGAUAUUGGUUAAAAAAAUAUACUAGUUACACUGGCAGAUUGUUUUACUUAUAAUGUGGAAAAAAUAUAUUUUCAGAAAUUAUUUACUGAAACAAGCUUUGAUAUCUUGCUAAAAAGUUACAUGUAAAUUAGUUUUUUCUGACUUGUCUGAAACACUGUAUUGUUUCUAUUGGUUCAUCGCUCUUUAUCAUCGUAAACAUCAUUUCCCUAACUGCAUCAUCAUCGCCACAGAGAAGUUGAAUUCUGUGUCAGCAGUUUUCUUUCCAUCUCGUCGAAAAAGACAAAUUCUUUACUUUUUUUUCACUUUUACUUCUUCCCAGAGUUUUGGAUCCAGCUUUUUGUGGACAGGGUCGGUGCGCUUCAUUUUGAAGCGGCAUAUCUAGAUCUAUGACUGAACUGAUAAAUCUGUCUAACAAAGAACGCUGUGUUGUUCCUGAAAUGUUUUUCUGACAAGAUGUAGAGUCUGAAGCUUUUUCAAUCCCUUUCCAAAGACGUUCGCUGAGAAAGUUCCUCUGUCUUUAAUCUGGGCUUCUUAAACCAGGAUGGAUUUUUUUGGAGAACUUUUUUUUUCCAAAAAGACUUUAGAUCUCAGAUCCACUUCGCUCUGUGAGCUUUCGUCACUCGUCUUUAUUGAACUGAGCUAAAACGUCCAAAUGAAUUUUGUGUUAACUGACUUGCUGAUGACAUCAUUCUAUAGUGUUGCAGGGCAAGUGUUGCUGGGGUAAUAAUAACACACAGUGAGAGUGCGCUAUGAAAGAAAACAGUCUGCGGCCACUAAAUACAUUAAUACCCCCAAGUCUGAGCUGGAAGUGAUCUGUGCAGCUCCACUUUACCGCCCUGCCCAUUUUCAUUGUUAUUUUUUCUCCUAACUGGCACAGGGCUGGUGUCACUGGGACGGUUACAUCCAACCAGUUACUCAGCAAAUCCAUCGCUUUAACCCAGAAGGGUUGGACCAUCAUGCAGUCCCAUAUGUAAAAAAGUUCCUACUUUCCAUCCGAUUCACAGGAAUCCGCUGCUAAUGAACGGCAGAUGUUCCGCUCGGUUUGGUUUGAUCAUAUUUAUUUCUGCAUAUUUUACAACGUGCUUCUCUGUCACCUGGCCAUCCAGGUAAAGUCGUGAAAACGUAUAUUUUCUCAACACGUUGAGCACUUCCAACGUUACGCACACAGCAGAUCGGACAGCGAAACCAAUCGAGUCUGUCAGCCUCAGCCCAGGUCCUGGGAGUAGAUAUAACUUUUAAUACAGAUUUUAUCGUUAAACAAAAAGUCAGCAUCAAAUUAAAAUUCUAAAUAAAUUGAAGGGAUCAUGAAAUGUUUUUUGAAAAAUUUACUACCAAGUCAAAUUCUAUUUACCUUUUACAACCUUCUACUGGCCUUAAUUUGAGCUAAUUUAAUUUACUACUGCGGAGAAACCCUGUUACAUGAGGCUUCUGCAACAGUUACACCAUCAUCCAGAACAUUUAUUUUCCUGUGAGAUUUUGCUGCAGCAACAAAAAUUAGUUUCCGUUUUUACAGAUCUCUACCAGGUUUGUCUGUAACUCUGGGACGAUUAUUAAAACUUAACGCGUUUCUUUAUUAAAUGAAAGUUCACCUUCAGCUCUUAAACACUGCCAUGUUUAUUAAACCCUGUGUUUUGUCUGUCAGGCACUUACUGAAAGGAUAAAUUACUACCUGACUGCAUUAAGCUUCUGACUAACAUCCAAGCUUUGCACUGCUUCCUUCAAACAUCUCCUUGUAAAAAAAAAAAGAAGAAAAAACAUUUAAAGGUGCCAAGAUUUUCUAAAACCCUAAAUAUCAAGAGGCAGAGCACUAAAAGAAGACGGUCUAUUUAAAGACUAAAUCCUUAACCUUACUCCCAAAUGUAAACACUGCAAAAACACAAAAUCUCACAAAGUGUCUUUGGUCCAGAUUUUAGUGAAAAUAUUUUAAUUCUAAUGGUAGAUUAUUUCACUUAAAACAAGACAUGUCCCUCGUGUUAUUGGUGAAUUAAUCUUUUUAAUCAAUAUCAAGGAAUUAUUGACUUAAAACAAGCUUGUAUACCUUUCUGAAAAGUUACUUACUUGUAAGUUAGUGUAAUCUUUUUUCAAGUUUGCAGAUUUCUACAGUAGAAACCAGAACAAAUAUUCCUGAUGAGAUCUGAUGUUUCUGCAGUGAACAGAUCAGCUGUUGAAUUGUCACAAAACUUCUGAUUAAAUGUAAUUUUAUUUGUUUUUAAAACAUAACAGCCACAUUGCAUUAGGUUACUGAUGUUUUAUUUUGAGGUUAAUAACCUGCUGCUGUUUUAAAAGCAGUUUUUUGAUAAUUUCCUUUUUUUUUUUGUUGAAAAUUUUACUGCAAACUCGUAGAAAUAAGAAAUUCUGCAGCUGGAGAAUCUGUUGAUAGAUUUCUUUUCUUCAACAUAAAUAUCAGAAAACUAUGAAGUCAGCAGUUACAGAAAAGAGGGAGUAAACAGCUUAAUCUGUGUAUUUUUUUAUUUAUUCCCUCCUAUUUUUGUGUUUUCUUCAACCCAUUCUCAGUUCAGCUGCCAACAUUUUAAGCCGUUAUGAAGUGAAAACCUGUUGGUUCAGAUUCCCUUACAUUUCAGAUGUUAAUGUUACUUUAAAAAAACAACAACUUUGUUUCUCACACAAGCAGAAAUUUCUCAUCCUUUUUCUUACUUUUGGUCACAUGUUAAUGAAAAUUUCAACCGUCACCAAACUCUUCAGCAUAAUGUGUCAUAAAGUCAGACUUUGAUUGUUAUUAUUAUUGAUCUGGUGUUGGUUUAUUUCCACUGUUUCAUAUGAGCUGGGACUGAUUCAUGUUGAAAAUCUAAAUAUUAAGAUUAAUUUUUCCAAAUCACACACAAUGUUUGGACCGCAGGAUUUCACAGGCUUUUGAAAUCCAACCGUAAUUACAGGUUAAGAUGGAGACUUAAUUGUAUUUGUUUGACUUUUUCCAGUUUUUCUUUGAUUUUGAAGGGGAGAGGUAUUUUCUAACUGUGCGUUAAAGUGAAGGAGAUGCAGAAAAACUCGACAGUUGAUAAUAAAGCUGUAAAUAACAUCAGGGCAGAUCUGUGUCCCCUGAUGAUGAUGAUGAUGAUGAAUAAUGAAAAGGUUUCGGUGAUUUAAAUAAAGCACUAACAUUCA